CUCAGGGAUUUUGCACUGGAAGACAUGGAUCUUGCUGCCAAUGAGCUCAGCAUUUAUGACAAACUUGCAGAGACUGUUGAUUUGGUGAGACAGACAGGCCAUCAAUGUGGCAUGUCCGAGAAGGCGAUUGAAAAGUUUAUCAGACAGGUGCUGGAAAAGAAUGAACCCCUGAGGGGACCACCCCAGUAUCCUCUCCUUAUAGCUGUGUAUAAGGUCCUCGCAACCCUGGGAUUAAUCUUGUUUACUGCCUACUUUGUGAUUCAGCCUUUCAGCCCUUUACCACCUGAACCCGUGCUUUCCGGAGCCCACACCUGGCACUCACUUGUCCGUCACAUCCGGCUGAUGUCCCUGCCCAUGACCAAGAAGUACAUGGCAGAACCCAAGGGCGCUCCUUUGCAUGGGGGUGAUGAAGACAGAUGCUUUUCAGGUAGGGUGCUGCGUCUACUACUUAGGGAGCUGUAGCUUCUUGACAGCAUA